AUGCUGCGUCCCGGGACAAUCGACACACCACGCCUGUUCUAUGAGAGGCACGACCCCUUCCUGGAAACUCAGCAGUUGCUUCAGGAGCACCGGCGGCUGCAUGUGCGAGAGCGCCAGACUCGAGAUGCUGCGGUGAAUGGGAUUCUCAUGAUCGAUGCAGACUGCAACGAUCCCACGAUGAAAGAUGAUCUCGAUGGACAAGGUAGACUCAAGCAAGACGACACCAUCCUUCGCACCGGAAGGUUCAACGUGGAGGCAGAUGUAGCUCGAAGAAAGCUCACUCCUCGCUGCUCUGGCGCAGCAAGGGCUGCCGCCGAAAUCCGGUUUCGCAAACUCGGAGUCGACAAGCCCAAGGACUUCAGCCGCAGGAAUGUUCUCCUCAAAGAGCAGCUGCGACAUGAGUGCCGUCUGCCUGCUGCGGUUACCUGGGCUGGAGAACAGACCGAGUUCAUGCGGCAGAGGUUCAACAAGCAAGCCACCAUUCGACAUGAGCUUGGUGACGGGAGGACUUUGCCUCAUGAGCGGAAGGCUUGGGCGAAGCAUGGCUGUGCACCGCGUGUGCCGUCUGUGCCCGGUCCGGCCAUGAAGGCAGUGCAGAAGCGAGGCGGGCAACGUCAUUCCGGUCUUCUUUUUGGAGGUGAGCGCCUGCGGGAGGCAGCGCCGGUGCCGACCGUGUGCUUUGACCUCUCCGAGUCGCAGGAACGCGAGCUUCCCGGGACGUCAGUCAGCACCACGUCCUGCUCUUCAGAGCCACACCAGAGUCAAAGGCAUAAUGGCUUGACUCCGCCGACUUUGGCUGAGCAUUAUGGAGCAUUGCUCCAGCGCGAAGAGGAAGCUCGGAUUCGGGUUGAGGAGAAGCUUCGCUUGGCUGAUGAGCGAUUACGCUGCUGUCGAGACGAGAUGCGAAAGCGCGAGCAGCACUUCGAUGAGGAAAAGCAGAAGUUGCUGGACCUGCUUGAAGAGAAGGACCAUAUCCUUGCCUACGAGCAAUCCCAGCUUGAUGCCCGGGUGCUGGAGGAGCAUGAGCGGGCACGCACCGAGAACCAUCGCCUUCGGGAGCGGGUGAAGCAGUUGAACAUGAUUCAGAAGAACCUGCUGAAGCAGGUCUCCGUGCUUCUCACAGAGCGGGAGGAGCUCAAGCGGCUGGUCGAAAAGAGACCCCCGAGCUCGCGCAGAGGCCGUGCUGUUUCUUCAACAUCCAGCUGUGUCAGUUUGCACGCCGCAGACUUGGCAUCAGCUGUUCGGAAUGGCACGAAGUCGACGGAGCUCUCGCUCAGUGACUCGCACCUGGCACAGGAGUCAGGGGAUGAUGGUCUCCAGGAGGUGCCAGAGACGGCUCGAAGCCGACCGCACGAGGAGAGCCCCGAGCGAUCUGUGUCGAGGGACUCUAGCUUGCGAUGGCAGUGCAGCAGUCAGGAACUGCUACGUCAGAUUCGGAUAGCUGGCUACCCUGCUGCGAGAGCAGCCAUUGCGUCGCAGAAGGUCAAUGGCUCGCGUCCACGUCGCACUUCCCAGGGGAACGGCCGAAGCAAUCCUGCCUCGCCCUUGCGCGCCAAAGUGGAGGAGGAAGAUUUCAUGACCUCUUACGCCCGGCACAUCAAGGCAUACAACUUGCGCCAGAAUGAUUCGGACUGUUUAGGAAGUGUUUAG